UCUGCGGUGUCAGGGAGAGCGAGACAGAGUAUUCCUGUUUCUGGCCCCGCCGCCAGCGAAGGAGUUUUCAUUCAGACUUUCCGAAGAGAGGUGGCGAGGGCAGGGGCUCGACAGAAGAACAGGCUCUUUGAGCCGAUGGGGCCUCGGCUCCGCCGCCUUCCCGGCAGGGACGGACCCUCCCCGCAAGGAUGCGCCAACGUAAGCUAAGGUCCACGUAACUGCAAGGGCUCUUUACCACCGUAAGUGCCACUCUGACCCCCAACUCGAGACUCGCAGCAAAAUGGAUGCCACCGUGACAGACGAUUUCCAACAGAUCCUGCCCAUCGAACAGCUGCGCUCCACGCAUGCCAGCAACGACUACGUGGACCGGCCCCCGGCGCCCUGCAAGCAGGCCCUGUCCAGCCCUUCCCUGAGUGUGCAGACCCACAAGUCCGACUGGUCCCUGGCCGCCGCGCCCGCCGCCCUGCCCCGCAGUCUCAGCCAGUGCCACCAGCUGCAGCCCUUGCCCCAGCACCUGAGCCAGUCCAGCCUCGCCAGCUCCGUGUCCCACAGCACCACUGCCUCCGACCAGCGCCUCCUGGCCGGCAUCACGCCCUCGCCGUCGGGCCAAUCCAUCGUCCGAACCCAGCCCGGGGCCGCGGCCCCGAAGGUCGCGGGUGCCCUCAAAGGGGAGGCCGAGCGCGCCGCGCUGCGCCCGGCCGAGCACGUCUUCAUCUGCGAGCAGUGCGGCCGCUGCAAGUGCGUGCUGUGCGCGGCAGCGCGGCCGCUGCCCUCCUGCUGGCUGUGCGAGCAGCGCUGCCUCUGCUCGGCCGAGAGCCUGCUCGACUACGGCACGUGCCUGUGCUGUGUCAAGGGCCUGUUCUACCACUGCUCCAGCGACGACGAGGACAACUGCGCCGACGAGCCCUGCUCCUGCGGGCCGGGCUCCUGCGCCGUGCGCUGGGCGGCCAUGAGCCUGCUGUCCCUGCUCCUGCCCUGCCUGUGCUGCUACCUACCCACGCGCGGGUGCCUCCACCUGUGCCAGCGGGGCUGCGACCGCCUCCGGCGCCCCGGCUGCCGCUGCGAGGGCCACACCAACACGGUGUGCAGGAAGCUGUCCCCGGGCGCCGCCCCCUUCCCCAAGCCGCAGGACAAGGCCGUGUGA